AUGAAGAUUUUAGUGACUGGUGUUCCUGCUGUUGGUAAAACAACUUUUUCUAUUAAAAUGGCAAAAAAGUAUAAUUUAAAACAUUUAGAUGUUUCUAAUUUGAUUAAAGAACAUAAACUUUAUGAUAAAUACUUAGAGAAAUAUGAUACUUACGAAUAUACUGAAGAGAAUGUAAUGAUUUAUUUUAAGAAUUUAAUUAAAACAGAAAAGAAUGUGAUUAUUGACACUCAUUCACCAGCAACCUUUAUAAAUAUUAAUUUUGAUUAUGUUUUUUAUCUUCUAGCAGAUGAUGAAACAUUGAUUAAAAGAUAUAAAAUGAGAGAAUACAAUGAUUUGAAGAUCAGAGAAAAUUUAGAUAGUUCAUUUUUUGAUGUAAUCGGUGAACAACUUGAAGAUGAAAUGAAAUUGAAUUUUAUUAAAGUUAACAGUGGUGGUUUUAUUGAUGAUAAUGAAGUUAUUACUAUUGAAGAUGCACUUAAAAUAAUUGAAAAAUAA